AUGACAAAACAUGGCGCACACAUGAUUAAUAUGCACGCCUCCGGUGGACUUGAAAUGAUGAAGGCAGCAAAAGCGAGCGCGGACAAAGUAUCUGCCGAACGCGACAUUCUGCCACCUGUGCUACUCGGUGUGACUAUUCUGACAAGCAUUGAAGAAACGAACUUUCGGCUGAGUUUCGCCUCAGCACGGACGCUCUCAGAGCAGGUUGUCUAUUUCGCACAGUUGGCGCAGGAAGCAGGAUUGGACGGUGUUGUCGCAUCGCCGUUGGAAAUUGAACCGAUCCGAAAAGCGUGUGGCGACAAGUUUUUGAUUGUGACACCGGGUAUCCGUCCUACGUGGGCAGAAAGUGAUGACCAGCGGCGCAUCACCACACCAGCGGAGGCGAUUCGACGAGGUGCCGAUUACAUUGUUGUGGGUAGACCCAUUAUUGAGGCGGAGGAUCCGUUGGCAGCUGCCGAAAUGAUCCUUGAAGAGAUGAAAGGGGCAUAA